GGAGGGAAAAAAAGGAAAAGAAAAGGAGUUCUCUGAGUAAGGAUCUGCAGUGAAUUCAACACACACAAAAACCCACCCGAUUAGGCGCCCUUUUCCUUCAAACCACGCCUCGCGUUUACAAAAAAAAUCCCAUCGGUCUUCGACGUCGUCGCAGACUCUCCCGGGAGAAGCAAAAUGAAAGUUAAGCUCUUACGUAUCCUUCUUAUGUUCAUUUCUUCUUAUGUGGUGUUAUGUAUCAUUUAUCUUCUCGUGUUCGCUGUCUUCUUUCUCGUGGGUGUAAUUUCAAUUGUGGACUUCCUUUUGAAAACAAGAGGCCAUCUAAAAGUGGCUUCUAAAAGAGUAUGGGUUACAGGAAAGAGUUUCAUUAUGGAGUCAAGAGGGUUCUUGAUUUCGUGUAACAUUUAUAACAUUCAGCUGAAAAAAUGUAUUCCAAGUUGUGCUCUCUUUGCAAUCAUGGCAUUUGUACUUCAGUUUUCUCUUAACCUGGUCCUUCGUGAAACACUGUUGGACUUACGGACAGAGUGGCAUGCUGUUGCUUCAUGGACUUGGGAUGCGCAAGAUGAAACCUGUGGAAUCUGUAGAAUGGCCUUUGAUGGUUGUUGUCCUGACUGUAAACUCCCUGGGGACGAUUGCCCACUAAUCUGGGGUGCAUGCAACCAUGCGUUUCAUCUUCAUUGCAUUUUAAAAUGGGUGACUUCACAGACACCUCAAGCACAUUGCCCUAUGUGCCGUAGGGAAUGGCAGUUCAAAGGAGGUGAUCAGACGGAUUGAGUUUCUUUUCUUAAGUCUUCUCUCUGUCUGUGUUGAAUCCUAUUUCUGUUUUCUUUAUUUGGUUCACGCUUGGAAGUGGAUUAACCAGCGAGACAACAAGGUUGCCACAGUUACCAAAAACCACAGAUAUUUGUUUCCUUGUCGCGUAUUUCCAUGGCAACAGUCUUAUCAGUUUGUUACUAAGCAAAGCCAAAAAAUCAAUUCUUUCUCCACAAGAAUUGGACAUGGUUAUGUAGUGGUGGUCUUGAAUUUCUGUUUGUGUCUUUCGGACCAGCUUUAGAUUGUAUUGUCGUGAUGUGGGAUCCCAUUGUGGAGGCAAGAAAUAGUAGUUUCUUUUUGAACGGCGAAAAAGGAUUAGUUUACAACAAUUGAUGUAUCCAUUUGGAUAUCCUGAAUCCCACCAGAAAGAAAUUUCCUGUUUUGUUGCUACUUAA